AUGGUCAAACCCGCCAACGACCUCCAAACUUUCGUAAACAACGGUGCGCUUUAGCCCUGGAUCGGCGCGUCUCCGCUCUAGCUAGCAUCAAGUUGCUAACCGCCGUUAUUUCUUGCAAUCUCUAGCCCGCGAGCGCAACAAGAACGAGGCACUCGCCUCCAAGAUCUUCGACAAGAACCGCCGCAAGAGCGCACCCACCAGGCUUAAUGCGCAGAGCGGCAGCGGCUCCCUGGCGAGUCGCAUCAGUGUCAACAAGGUACCCAAUUCUUUCGUGCCUACGCUGCCGUACGCCGUCGAAUCUACAUUUACUAACAAUCGCCCUUCUGUAUCAGCGCGCAUCGCUCGGUGGCAAGAACGCAGCCCCCAGACCCAAGGGCGAUGUCAACGGCGAAUGGACACACGACCUCCACAGCACCGUGAACCCUCCCAAGAAGUCCACAUCCCUCAGCUCCCGCAUAUCGAAACCCGGAUCGAAGACUGCCCCCCCGGCGGCGACCAAGAAGGCCACCGCACGUCGCGCCGCCGCCCUUGACCGCAUGGACGUCGACGUCAACAUCCAGAAGCAGGUCAACGUCCGCUCCCAGGGCAUCUCCAUCCGCGGCAUCGCCGGGCCCUUCACAGUCGUAGGCCAGAACUUUGCUCCUGGGACCACGGCCGCAGACAUCGAGAGCGUUUUGACGCCCUUCGGCGGGCACAUGGAAUCGUGCAAAAUCGUCAAGACGAAGCCAUUUGUCGUUGCUGAGAUGGUGUUCGCGUCCAAGGAGGGCGGCGACCGAGUCAUUGAGACAUUCAAUAACAAGACGGUAUGGAUCAACCCCCUCCCCCUAACGCUUCCUUCAGAGACUCAUUACUGGUAUUUAGGCCGACGGUCGACUUCUCAAGGUGUAUCCCAAGAUUGGCGGUAA